AUGGGCGGGCAAAAGAGAGCUAGAUUUCAACAGAACCAGGCUGCCAGUGACGUGCCAACGAAAAGUGCGAAAAUUCAGAAUCCUGAAGCCAAAAAAGCUGCAAGUGGCCCAGUGAGCGUGAAUGUUGCCGUAGGGAGCUACGAGCGGUUGCUGUAUGGAUUCAAUUUACGCAUGCAAGCUGGCAAGCUCCAAUUCAAGCCGCUGUUUAUGUUCCCUGCGCACAUCACGUGUAUCAAGAGCGUCGCGCUAUCACCGCCGCCGCCAGGCUCAUCUAAGGGCGGCAAGUGGCUUAUUACCGGAGGUACUGACGAGUCUAUCAAAGUGUGGGAUGUACGCAGAAGAGUCGAAGUCGGUUCUUUGACUGGUACAGAAGGUGCGACAUUGCGCGGUCUUACGACUGCAGCAGACACAGUUAGCAAGACUAGCACGGCUAACACACUCCACACAGGCACUCCACUCACAAUGUCUUUCGUCAAUCAUGCCCACCUCGUAAUCGGUACGACGCACUCGAACAUAUAUAUCUUUAAAUGCGGUGAAUGGGAGCUGCUUAAGUCAUUCCGCGCUCACAAGGGUAGCGUAGACUCAGCAGCUGUGCAUCCUAAGGGAGGCUUCGCAAUGACUGUCGGCAGCGACAGAAUGGGACAGCUGUGGAGAUUGGGCAAGAACUCGAAGGAGUCGAAUAGACAAGCUGGCCAUGUUGGUAGAAUCGCAGGCACGAAAUUAGGUAUUGAGGGUCGCAAAGGUAAUCCGGAAGUGGUCAAGUUUAGUAAAUCUGGGAACAUAAUCGCAAUCAUGUUCAAACAACAUGUUGAGAUGAGAAAUACGCAGGGUUUCGAAUUGCUCCCUCCUUUACCAUGGCUGCCAGCUAAAUUGACAACUAAGUUCAAUGACAUUGGCUUCGCUAGACCACUCAAAUCACAGGGAUUUGACGAUGGUGUUGAGUUUUUUGCCGUUGCAAGCGAGGACAAGAGGGUGCUGCUUUAUGCAAUUAAAGAGGGUGAAGAGAGUGCUUUCGUGGCUGAGCUGGUAGGUCACCAAAACCGCAUCAAGAGUGUCAGGUUUGGAUUGGUGGCUGACUUACUACUCGCUAUCACUAUCUCAUCGGAUGGAUUCGUAAGAGCUUUCGAUCUGAGUGCGCUCACAAAGUCAAGCAAGCAGGUGCAGUUGGAGUGUGUCGCGGCAUAUAACACAAAGGGCACCAGACUCACAUGUCUUGAUGUUGCCAGUGCGGGCUAUGAAGAUGAGGGAGAUGCAGAAGAGAGUGAAGACCAAGACGUACAGGAGAAUGAGAGUGAGCAGGAGCAGGAGCAAGAAGAGGAGGAGAAAGAGGAGGAAGAUGAUGAAUAG